AUGAGGGCGAAGAAUGUAACAAGUGUGAUUAAGACAAAGAUUGUGCAAGAAACAAAGAGUAGAUACGAUCGAGAUAAAACCAUUGAUUCUACAGCAUUUGAUUUUCUCCCUCGUGGUGUUCGCACAGCUAUUGUUAGCGUCUGGUUUCAAUUUGGUUAUCCACAAGCUUAUCCAAAAUUCUGGAAAGCCGUGACCACAAAUGACUGGAAAGGAGCCGUAAAGGAACUAAGAAAUUUUUAUAAAAAUUCCGAUGCGCAAUUACGUGGAGAUUUGAUCCGACGUGACGACGAAGCAGACCUAAUUGAAGCAACGUUUUCCAAUUGCAGUAAACCGGUGGAUCUUGUUUUUCUUCUUGACGAAUCAGGAAGUGUAGGACAAAAUAACUUUCAGAAAUGUCUUGACUUUGUAAAAAAUGUUAUCAAAUCAUUUCCCGAUGAAAAUUUAACCGGAAAGAACGGUGCAAGAUUUGGCUUAUCAACUUUUUCAUUCGUUUAUUCUUCACACUUCCACUUAAACGAUUACACUACACAAUCGGAGUAUAGUCGGGCAAUUUCGUCGAUCGCUCAUCGUAGUGGAAGUACGUUUCUUGGUGCAGCAUUUCAGCGCAUUUUAAUCGAUCAAUUCACAACAAAUCAUGGUCUUCGUCCAACGGUAGACGGAAUACCCCGAAUACUUAUCGUUCUAACUGAUGGAAAAUCGCAUGAUAGCAUCACAGCACCAGCAAAGAUUGUGAAAAAUAGAAUUGUUAUUUAUGCCAUUGGGAUUGCCAAUCACGACAUAACACAGUUAAAGAAGAUUAAUUCACCAAAUCAACACUUCUUUAAAUCGAGCUCUUUCUCAAAUCUCAAUGCUUUUAUUUCCACUAUAACGUCGUCUGCAUGCUGCGAGCCUCGAGUGGUGGCAAAUAACGAAACGACUAGAGCCAAUGUUAAAAAAGGCGCAAACAAAUACUUCAAUUAUAAAGUCAAGCUUAAGUUGAACCUAAAAAUAGAAGUAAAAGACCUCCUAGGCAGUACUAUUCUUUACGUGUCUCGUACGACCCCACAUCCAUACCGUUACAACAACGAUUUAAAAUUUGAACGAACAUCACAGAAGGAUAAAGUUAGUGUGAUUUCAGCAAGCGCCACCACGAGACGAUCAAAACGAUCAAGUCAAGAAAAUCUCCGACCCAUCUACAUCUCGCUGACAUCUAACAGUGACUCAGCAGAAUUUGAAAUUAAAGCAAAAGAAUGUGAUCCAAGUGUCUGUGUUGAAGGUACAAAUGAACGUAAUACGGCAUCUUCUAAGUUUUCCCCAAACAUUGGUUUUAAAUUCAUCAUCACAAUCACAGUUGCUUUUUUGCCGUUCGUUGGUUAA